UAUGACAAGUAAGAGAGAGAAAAAAACAUUAAGCAUUAAAUGAUUGACAGUUGUAAUAUCAACAGAAGCAACAAUAUGGGAAAACACAACAAUCCCACAGGAACAAGCGAAGUUCUUAUAGAUGAAUCUCCAUUACUACAAACUACAACAGAUGACAAAAUUGAAGUUGAAAUUCCACAUGAUGAUAGAUCCAAAUCCAAUUCUAACAACAAUGGAUCAUCAUCAUCAUCAGCAUCAUUCACUGGUUCUGUAUUCAAUUUAUCAACCACCAUAAUUGGUGCUGGAAUCAUGGCUUUACCAGCAGCCAUGAAAGUCUUAGGUCUAACAAUUGGUAUUGUUUCCAUCAUCUUCCUUGCUUUGCUUACUCAUACCUCUUUGGAUAUUCUCAUGAGGUUUAGCAGAGUUGCUAAGGCUCAGUCUUAUGGUGAUGUUAUGGGGUUUGCUUUUGGAAGUCUUGGAAGAUUGGUUUUUCAGAUGGCUGUUCUUUUGAACAAUUUUGGUAUCCUUGUUGUCUACACCAUCAUUAUUGGUGAUGUACUGUCUGGAACAUCUUCAUCUGGAAUUCAUCAUUUCGGUGUACUGGAAGGAUGGUUCGGGGAACACUGGUCGACCGGGCGGACUUUUGUUCUUUUCGUGACAACCAUUGUAGUAUUUGCUCCAUUAGGAUUCUUUAAGAGAAUAGAUUCAUUGCGAUAUACUUCUGGUUUAGCAGUGGCUCUAGCAAUUGUUUUUCUAGUCAUAACUGCGGGAAUCACGAUUGUUAAACUGUUCAAUGGAAGUAUAGAGAGUCCUAGGUUGCUUCCUAAUAUUACUGAUAUGUCAUCUAUUUGGAAUCUCUUCACGGCCGCUCCGGUUCUUGUGACAGCAUUUGUUUGUCAUUACAAUGGUGAUGUACUGUCUGGAACAUCUUCAUCUGGAAUUCAUCAUUUCGGUGUACUGGAAGGAUGGUUCGGGGAACACUGGUCGACCGGGCGGACUUUUGUUCUUUUCGUGACAACCAUUGUAGUAUUUGCUCCAUUAGGAUUCUUUAAGAGAAUAGAUUCAUUGCGAUAUACUUCUGGUUUAGCAGUGGCUCUAGCAAUUGUUUUUCUAGUCAUAACUGCGGGAAUCACGAUUGUUAAACUGUUCAAUGGAAGUAUAGAGAGUCCUAGGUUGCUUCCUAAUAUUACUGAUAUGUCAUCUAUUUGGAAUCUCUUCACGGCCGCUCCGGUUCUUGUGACAGCAUUUGUUUGUCAUUACAAUGUGCAUACAAUAGACAAUGAACUAGGAGACUCUUCACCAAUACAACCAGUUAUAUCUGCAUCACUGGUUCUAUGUUCAACCAUAUACAUUCUUACAGCUUUAUUUGGGUUUCUACUAUUUGGUGAGUCGACUCUCGAUGAUGUACUGGCCAACUUUGAUGCCGAUCUUGGCAUCCCUUAUAGCCAUCUGCUCAACGACAUCGUUCGGAUCAGCUAUGCUCUUCAUCUCAUGCUUGUUUUCCCAGUUAUCUUCUUUUCGCUUCGAUUCAAUUUGGAUGAUCUUGUCUUUCCCUCAGCCACAUCACUGGAAUCAGAUAAUUGUAGAUUUUCAUUGAUCACUACUGGACUCGUUACUUUGCUCUAUGUGGCUGCAAAUUUUGUACCUAGUAUUUGGGAUGUUUUCCAAUUCACUGGUGCAACUGCUACUGUUUGUCUUGGGUUUAUUUUCCCGGCCGCAAUUGCUCUAAGGGAUCCACAUAGCAUUGCAAGUAAGAAGGACAAGAUUUUAUCCAUUGUCAUGAUUAUUCUUGCAGUUUUCUCAAAUGUUGUGGCUAUAUACAGCAAUGCUGAAGCUUUGUUCCGAAAACACCAAAGUAAUUCAAAUUUAGACAGACACUUUGCUUGGCCUAUGAAGAUCCAGCAAUAGUUUUAAUGAGUGAUGACACUCUGUCCAAGGUUUCAGCAUAUCAAUUUGAACAAGUGAAUGAGAACAUGUCUCUUGAGAUGGCUUGAAGAACUUUUUGAGUGAGAUAGUUUCCAAGGCUCACAUAAUAGCAAAGGACUGUGGAAGGAAAAUUAAAGUACAAAUGGAGAGCUAUGUGAUAUUGAUAUAUAGACACUUGUAUUGCACAUGAAAUGUAACUUUUUUCUCAAAACACUUGUCAAUAAUGUAAUUCAUGAAGGGAGUGAAUUCAUUUU